AUGGAUGGUAAUAAUUUUACGAAAUAUUUAAAAGAAAAACUAAUACCAAAUCUGCCUGAAAACUCCAUUCUCGUCAUGGAUAAUGCAUCCUACCACAGUAUGCAGGUGGAUAAAGCGCCAACGACUCGAAAAAAGCAUCGCCCAGAGAAAAAGUAUUUGGUGGACGAACUUCUGCGUGAACAUGGCCAUGAAGUCCUCAGACUCCCUCCUUACAACUGCGACCUGAACCCGAUAGAACACGUUUGGAAUUUAAUAAAACCACGUGUCGCAGAUAAAAAUGUGGAGCAACACGAAAACAAAAUAGAGGAGGUCACAAAAGAGGCCAUACCUUCAAUUACGCGAGAUGACUGGAAGAAACAAAUAAACCACAUCAAAAAAGUCGAAGAAGAAUACUGGAAUCGCGAUGUAGGUAGGGAGAGUGAAAUAGAGGUCUUUAUUAUCAGUGUCGGUAUGAACAGCGACAGCGAAGAUGAAAGUGACGACUACGAAGACCAGGACUGUGAAAGUGACCAGUCCGUGGAGGAUAAUAAUGAAUUGAUGGAGGGAAUUGAACCAAUUAUGGGUUCAGAUGACCAGGAUACUGCUGGACCAAGCGGUUUAUAAAACUUUGUGUAUGUAUGUGAAGUGGUAUUUUUGUAAUUCAUAAUUAAUAAAGACAAAUUAAAAA